ACAGACAGACAGACAGACACAGAGAGACACACAGACAGACACAGAGAAACAGACAGAUCUAACGAUCUAACGAAUACCGGGAGACGGAUCUAACGGAAGAUAUCGGAGUCCUUAUCUGCGCCCUGUCUGCGGCUGUUGUUGGACCGUCUGAGGGUUAGCUAGAGCCUGGAGUGGACCGUGUGUUUCCCCCGGUGUGUUCCUUUGUCUCGCGCAGCCGUGCAGGUGUGUGCGGGAGAUGAUGGACGCGGCAGAGUGCGGGGUUUGCGGGGUGAAGGUGAUGUGCCGCUUCCGCCCGCUGAACGACGCGGAGCGGAGCCGCGGAGACAAAGACACCCCCAAAUUUAACGGAGAGGACACGGUGGUGGUGGCGGGGAAGCCGUAUGUGUUCGACCGAGUCCUCCCUCCCAACACUGAACAGGUUCAGGUGUACGACACCUGCGCCAGACAGAUUGUCAAAGAUGUGCUGGGCGGCUAUAACGGGACUAUCUUUGCUUACGGUCAGACGUCUUCAGGAAAGACUCACACCAUGGAGGGGAAUCUGCACGAUCCCCGUCUGAUGGGAAUCAUCCCUCGGAUCUCCAGAGAUAUCUUCGACCACAUCUACUCCAUGGACGAGAACCUCGAGUUUCACAUCAAGGUCUCAUAUUUUGAAAUCUAUCUGGAUAAGAUCAGAGACCUCCUGGAUGUGUCGAAGACAAACCUGGCGGUCCACGAAGACAAAAACAGAGUUCCUUUUGUCAAGGGCUGCACGGAGCGUUUUGUUUCCAGUCCUGACGAGGUGAUGGACGUGAUUGACGAGGGAAAAGCAAACCGACACGUCGCCGUCACCAACAUGAACGAGCACAGCUCUCGCAGCCACAGCAUUUUCCUGAUCAACAUCAAGCAGGAGAACGUGGAGACGGAGCUCAAACUGUCGGGGAAGCUUUACCUGGUUGACCUGGCCGGCAGCGAGAAGGUGAGUAAAACAGGAGCAGAAGGCUCCGUGUUGGACGAAGCCAAGAACAUCAACAAGUCUCUUUCUGCUCUGGGGAACGUCAUUGCUGCUCUGAGUGAAGGAACGAAAACCCACGUCCCGUACAGAGACAGUAAGAUGACUCGAAUCCUGCAGGACUCUCUGGGAGGAAACUGUCGAACCACCAUCAUCAUCUGCUGUUCUCCUUCAGUUUACAACGAGGCUGAAACCAAGUCCACCCUGAUGUUCGGACAGAGAGCUAAAACCAUAAAGAACACUGUGUCUGUAAACCUGGAGCUGACGGCUGAGGAGUGGAAGAAGAAGUACGAGAAGGAGAAAGAUAAGAACAGGAGUCUGAAUAUCGUGAUCCAGAAACUUGAGAACGAGCUUAAACGCUGGAGGAAAGGUGAGGCUGUACCUGUGGAGGAGCAGCUGAGCAGCAGAAACAAAAAGAGCAGCAGCAGCAGCGAGGCGGCAGCAGUGAUUGACAGCUCUGCCCCGCCCCCUGUUCCUCUGUUGGAUGAAGAGAAGACGCAGUACGAGACGCUCAUCACUGACCUGUACCACCAGCUGGACGACAAGGACGAUGAGAUCAACCAUCACAGCCAGACAGCCGAGAAACUCAAACAGCAGCUGAUAGAGCAGGACGAGCUGCUGGCAUCCGGCCGACAGGACUACGAGCGUGUGCAGGAGGAGCUGUCGCGGCUGCACAGGGACAGCGACUCGGCCAAAGAGGAGGUGAAGGAGGUGCUGCAGGCGCUGGAGGAGCUUGCCGUCAACUAUGACCACAAGAGCCAAGAGGUGGAGACCAAGAACCGCUGCAACGAGCAGCUGAACGACGAGCUCGCACACAAAACUGUGCGUCUGGAGGCGGUUCAGAGGGAGUUUUCUACGCUGCAGGAGGUCAGUUCUCAUCAGAAGAAAAGGUCUGCAGAGAUCGUCAGUCUGCUGCUCAGAGACCUCAGUGACAUCGGCAGCAUCCUCAGCACCACCGAGCUCAAAGCUGAUGUCUCUGUCUGUUCACGGAGACAACAGUUCACCACAGCUCGUCUCUACAUCAGUAAACUCAAGUCUGAGGUCAAAUCUCUGGUGACCCGCAGCAAACAGCUGGACACCAACCUGACGGAGAACAUCUGCAGGAUGGAGGCCAAUGAGACCGAGCUCAACAGCUGCCAGCUGCUCGUCUCCCAGCUUCAGGCCAAGAUCUUGUCUCUGACAGAUGACCUGCAGAAGUUGGAGCAGAAGAAGAGGAAGCUGGAGGAGAGUCAGGACGCUCUGAUGGAGGAGAUCGCCAAACUGCACGCUCAAGAUCAAAUGCAUGAGGUGACGGUCAUGGACAAAGAGAAAGAACACAUGAGCAGACUGAAGGACGCUGUCGAGAUGAAGAGAACCCUGGAGGAACAGAUGGAGAACCACAGAGAAGUUCAUUCCAAACAGCUGAGUCGUCUCCGAGACGAGAUCGAGCACAAGCAGAGACAUGUCGACCAACUCAAAGAUGUGAAUCAGGCUCUGCAGCUCGAGAACAGGAAGCUUCAGUCCGACUUUGACAAACUGAAAGCUGAGGAUCAAAACAAAGACCAGAAACUCCAGAAACUAGUGUUUCUGAAUGAGAAGAGAGAACAAGCCAAAGAGGACCUGAAGGGUCUGGAGGAGACUGUGGCCAAAGAGCUGCAGACGCUGAACAACCUUCGGAAAGUCUUCAUCCAGGACCUCGGUACUCGAGUCACGAAUAGUGCAGAAAACGACUGUGACGAGGCCGGCGGCAGUCUGGCUCAGAGACAGAGGAUCAUCUUUUUGGAAAAUAACCUAGAGCAGCUCAGCAAGGUCCACAAACAGCUGGUGCGGGAUAACGCUGACCUUCGCUGUGAGCUGCCUAAGCUGGAGAAGCGUCUGCGGGCCACAGCGGAGCGAGUGAAAGCUCUGGAAGCCGCCUUGAGAGACGCCAAGGAGUCGGCCAUGAGGGACCGCAAACGCUACCAACAGGAAGUGGACCGCAUCAAAGAGGCUGUACGCUCCAAGAAUGUCUCCAGGAGAGGACACUCUGCUCAGAUAGCCAAGCCAAUCAGAGCCGGACAUCAGCAUCAUCAGCACCCGUCCUCCUCUCCGUCCAUCAGACCGGCUGUCCGAGGAGGGGGGUUGGCGUCCAGUCCACGCCAUCACUCCCCCCGACAGAAACCACCUCAACAACUGCAGCAAACUCAACAACAACAACAACCCCAUCAGAGCCAAAGCAAGUAAGCUACAGGUUGCAGACAACUCCAGAUCAUUUUCCUUUUCUGUGGAUCUUUGAAUUUCUGAACUCUCCUGCUCUCACCACUCUGCCUUUACUGGAACCAGACUCCAUGUUUCCACAACUUUCCAUCUUAACAACCAUUCCACCUUGACAAACAUUCCACCUUAACAACCAUUCCACCUUAACAGCCGUUUCACCUUAACAGCCAUUCCACCUUAACAGCCUUUCCACAUUAAUAGCCGUUUCACCUUAACAGCCAUUCCACCUUAACUGCCAACAAGUGCUUUCUGUCCUCCUCUGACUCUGUCGUCAGCUCUGGUGCUCCCAGUCGGUUUGUCUGAGCGCAUUAAUGCAGUUUCAUCUGUUAUAUAACAAGUUUACUAAGUUAAUUCAGAGUUUCUAUCUGAAUGUUUGACAUUAAUGUAGGGUAAUGUUGUCUUUCUGAUCUUGGGUUAACAGACGUUGCAAAAUGAUCAAAGGAGUUCUAAAAGUUUGAAGUGAUAGAAAUUAAUGUUCUGCAGGGAAAUUAUAAAAUAUUGAGUCAACAUUUCAGCUUUUUAGGCCACUAUUAUGGCACAAUCAUCUUUCUGGCUGACUAACCUUUAAUGUGCUGAAUAUAGUUGACUUUAACUUAAUUUUGAGCCUAAAUAUGUGACUCAAUUUCCAGUUAUAUUUAAGAUGUAAUAGCUAAUAUGUACUAAUAAAUAACAAUCCAGUAUUAAAAAGUGAAAGUCUUGACCUAUUUCUCAA